AUAGUUGCCAUCACAGCUGGCGUUGGUUAACUUCGACUGAUUGCUUUCUUCUGCUUCGGCACGGCGUCGUCUUCGCUCUUUUCCUAUCGGCAGUCUUCAGUCUGCAGUCUACAAUCUUCGGUCUUCAGUCUUUAGUCUUCAGUCUUCAGUCUACAGUCUACAGUCUACAGUCUUCGGUCUUCAGUCGACUGUCGCCUUGCUUCCCCAACGGUUGUGUCGCUGCCUGCGUACCGGUCCGCCCGCUUUUACCGCCCGUACCGCUUCCCCGCUCGUACCGCUCUCAGUUGCUAGAGUUUGGCCAGCUUAACGGCCUACUGCACAUUGGGAACUCAAGCACACAAUCAGAUACCGCGAUGUCUUGGCUGGUGGUUUUGCUGAUCCUGUACGUGAUCUGGGAUGUCAACUAUUUCAUCCGCUGCGUGUUCACGGUCUUCGCCGGCCGGCUGUUCCAGCGGAAGCGCAAAGUCACGGACACCACGGCAAUCUACGGGCUGUGCACCUCGCAGGACGUGGACAUCUUCAUCCGGCACAUGAACAACGCCCGCUAUCUGCGCGAACUGGACUUUGCCCGCUUCCACUUCUACGCCCUAACCGGACUCUACGAGCGCAUCCGGGAGCGACGCGGCGGAGCCGUUCAGGGAGCCAGCAGUGUCCGCUACCGCCGCACCAUACCCAUCUUCCAUCCGUACAAGAUCCAGACCAAGCUGAUCUGGUGGGACGACAAGGCCAUCUACCUGGAGCAGCAGUUCAUCACGCUAUCGGACGGAUUUGUGCGUGCGGUGGCCAUGUCCAAGCAGAACAUCACCAACUGCAAUGUGCUGGAGGUGCUGAAGACCUAUCCGGAAACUGCCCAGCGACCGGAGAAGCCGGAGGAGCUCAAGCUCUGGCUGGACGCCAUCGAGUUGUCCAGCCAGAAGCUGCGAAAGGACAAGUGAUCGAUUCCUUCCUCCCGCAGCACUGCUCAUUUAUGCUUGCCUCAUUUGCUUAGUCUUAUAGUCAUCUUAUUACUAUUAUUUUUUUUUGAGUGCACAGUAAAGGAAUACUGGAAUGAAGGGCUUUUCACGCAAAAAAGCGUACAAAAUGUAUACAGGCAAUGAUUUUCAACAAUAGCCCAUUGUUACUUAAAGACUUUAUGUGCUAGUUAUAAAAAUAUUGCAAUAAUGGAAUGGCCGAAGC